CAGAUGACCUGUCUCAUCUUAUGCAGUUACAACAUAGUGAAAGGUUUAAGAAACAUGUAAAGAGAUAUAUAUUUUUACCUAUUGCAGCUUUAAUUUUCAAUGUCUUGUCAGGAUAUUCUGGAUAUACUUAAAUUUGAUUAAUUUAGCUUUUAUUUGAAGUCACCAAAAGCAUUUCUAUAGAUUUUCAUUUUGGCUUUAAAUUUGUGUUGUGCUUUUAUUUUAAGCUAAUCUUGAAAUUUUGUGAAAUCUUAUACUGGAUUUUAAUGAGCAGUUUGAGAUUUUAGGUUUAGGAGCUUGAAUUGCAGUUCUCUCCACCAUUUCCACACACCCAAGUUUGGCAUAAUAGAGCUAAUUGUUCUCUUAACUGCAAAACAAAGAAACAUUACAAACCUGUAAGUCACUAUUUUCACAGGUUACGAGUUGUGAUGUGUGCAAGAGCUCUCAAAUGACUAAAACUCAACUUGAAUCAGUCUGUGAGAGCAGACUGAACUCAUAUUGCAUGUUUGUAGUUUUUACUGUAUAAACCCAAGAUAACAAACCUUUGGAACCCUGGCACACUCACAUCAAUUUACCUUGUGCAAACUGUCCUGACAUUAUAGCACAGGUUAUAUUCUUUAGCUUAAAGAUUUAAAACUCUGGUUGAUGUGUUGUGAUCUCUUUGUCUAGUAAGAAGUUGCUUCAAUGAAGAAAAAAUAGUGAGAGACUAGGUCAGGGUAAGCUAAGCCAGUCUAACUAUAAGUUUAAUCAGAAUGGAAAGUGUUAAAGCCUUGUCUUAAUAGUAAGCAGGGAGGCUGAUUCACAAGCUGGUUCCACAGCAGAGGAGUCUGAGAACUAAAGGAUCUGCCUCACUUUCUACUGUUAGAACCUCUAGGAACCAGCAGUAAACCUGCAGUCUGAGAGCAAAGUGCUGUGUUAGGAACAUAUGGACCAAUCAGAUCUCUGCUGCAUGAUGGAACUGGUUAUUAGGGGCUUUAUAUAUGAAAAGGGGAAGCUUCUCUUCUGGACUUAACAGGGAGCCAAUGAAGGGAAACUGAAAUAAGAGAAAUAUGAUCUCUCUUUUCAAUUUUCAUUAAAAUUAAGCCAAUGGAUAAAAGAGUUGCAGAACUCCUGCUGCAGCGUUUAGAGAUAAACAUAUCUCCAAAUCUUCAUUUUUUUUAGUAUACAGUAUAUAUCUUUUUACUGAUAUUAUAUUUCAAUUUAGAAGUUAAAUAUCUGCCUGGCUUUUUUUCUGUAACACUUUAUUAUUAUGAAAUUCACAUGGACCAAAAUGUUAAAAUGAAGUUUUAAAUCUGAGCCAGGAACAUGAUCAAGUUUAUAAUAUUGGAAAAAUAUGAUGUUACUCUAAAGACAACAAUGCAGUUGGCAUAGCCCCCAAUAGUAGCUCAACAGUACUGGUGCAUCAUCAUUAUUAUUAUUCUGUGCUAGCAUUUAAACUUGUGUAAUAUUUCUAUUUGCUUUCACCUGUUUUUAGGAACUUGUUUAAUCUGCAUUGGAAUCAGACAGGACGUUGCCAUGAACCAGACAGGCUGCCCUGAGGUCAAGGUCCCGUUUCCUGUCUUCUUCACCGUCGGAAUCGUCAGCCUGGCUGAGAACCUGCUGGUCGUGGUGGCGGUGAUGCGCAGCAGGAACCUCCACUCACCCAUGUACUGCUUCAUGUGCAGCUUGGCUGCCUUCAACACCAUCGCCAGUGUGACAAAAACGUGGGAAAACCUGAUGAUAGUUCUCGCUGAUGCGGGACACCUGGAGAGGAGGGGUCCUCCCGAGACCGACCUGGACGACGUGAUGGACUCCCUGCUCUGCAUGUCGUUUGUAGGCUCCAUAUCCAGUUUCCUGGCCAUUGCUGUUGACCGUUACAUCACCAUCUUCCAUGCGCUACGUUACCACAACAUCAUGACCAUGCAGCGAACUGCAGCCAUCUUGGGGCUCAUCUGGACAUCAUGUGCAGUUCUGGCCGUGCUAAUGGUGAAGUUCUUCAACUUUCAGUUCAUCGUGAUCUGCUUCAUCGUCUUCUUCGUCGUCUCCCUGGCAGCCAUCUGCUUCCUCUAUGUCUACAUGUUCAUGAUGGCCCGCAUUCACGCCAAGAGCAUCGCAGCGCUACCUGGUGGCGGCAGGGACAAGUCUCAGCAUCAGCGGAGGUGGGGCAGCAACAUGAGAGGCGCUCUCACUCUCACCAUCCUGUUCGGGGCGUUUGUGGUGUGUUGGGCGCCGUUUUUUGUCCACCUGGUCAUCAUCACAGUUUGCCCUAUGAAUCCGUACUGUGAAUGCUACCGGUCCUUGUUCGAGCUGCAUGUGGUGCUGAUGAUGAGCCACGCCCUCAUAGACCCGGCUAUCUACGCUUUCCGCAUGGCUGAGCUGCGGCACACCUUCAGAAAGAUGCUGUUUUGCUCAGACAGGAAAUUUUGCUUGUGACAGAAAUGUAUCUAAAGUUUUUAGCUACUAAACAUUUUUCAUCCACAGAUCAAAAAUAGGUUGCACUGCAUCCGGAUGACUGUGCAACGUUAAACCUGCUCCCCCAAAAGUUCAUAACUCCCCGUUGUGCUAAUUAUCGUUUUUGUCUUUGAGUCAUUGAUUGGCAGGCGUUAGGACACUGUGUGGUUCCUGUGAUAUGUGUCACCAAGCAGCUGAGGCUAGCAGAGGGUAUGAACCUACAUCACUCUUGUUUGCAUUGCUACUUGGACAUUUGGUCAAUGGACUUUGAGCCUACAAACCACAUGUUUGAACUUUUCAUUUGUUGUCCUGCUGGUCUCAGUGGGGAUCCCUAUGACCUGAAAGUGAUUCCAUUGUUAGCAUCUUACUCUUUAAAGCAGCAGCAGCUAACGAAUAUAAAAAUUGUUCUUUAUCUAAAUGUCUCCAGGUGCAGUGCAACAUGAGACAGAUCAUCUGUGAAAGAAAUCCACCUCCACCCAGUGAUCUUCCUGCUGUCUGCAGAAAUGCAUUGCUGGCUACUGGUCAGAA